AUGGGAGGUGCCGCGUCAAUAUGGGAGCGGAAUAGGCCUGCCUGGAAGUACCGUCGUGUUCCAUUACCUGAAGGCAGUUGUGUGAUAGCCACAUCGGAUUUUGACCCUGAGAGUAUCCAGUGGCCAAAGGCAUGGGGUGCCCCGCUCCUGUUGAAGAAGAGCAUUGCCAUCCAGGUCAUCAGUGAUGAUGGAGGUGACCGCGCCUUUGGACACUACGUUGGUCAACCUGAGAAGUGUGGCUAUUUCCUGAAGCAUCUGACGAAGGCGUAUGAGAUUGGCCAGGCUGGAGAUUCGGAAAGGACAACGCAUCGAGCCUUUCCAACAGGUCCAAUCGUCACAGACAGCCAACUUACAGCAAGCCAAGUUCCCAAGAAUUUACCGGGAGCCAAGCUAGCUUUUCUUGGGCGCGAUGCCAACCCAACUGGCCCACAUAGCGAAGCCACCACUACAGCAUGUACGCCAUGCUCUCCAGCAUCCACUGUCAGUCUUUUCAGCUCUCCGACUGGAAAUCGAAGCCGACCAAGCCCUUUGCCUGAUCCACCGAGGCUUAGAACGCCAGAAGUUCCCAUCUCUCAGAUCUCAGAGCGUUCAGAUGCGGAUUGGGCGCUCUCACGACCUCAGGAGGGUCAUAGCGGCAGUCGCUGCAGAGCCACAAGGGCAGCUUCACCAGGAUUGAAGAUUGGCCUCGAAGGUUUUAAACCAUCUCAAGACAGGCUGGGAGGUGCUCCUAGGACCCAAGGGGGACAUACCGCCUCUGAACGUGUCAGUCGGGAGAAAGCAAUCAGCACGGGGCAAACGCGACAUGAACAAAAGCGCUGUCCUGAAACGCAACUCUGGGAGAACUCGGAGAACGACUUUCCCAAAGAUGAGAACUUGGCUUGGCUUGCUGAAGCAGCUUUGAGAGUAGAACUGCCAGAGGGAUGGAUAACUUUUGAUGAUGAUGAUGGCCAGCCCGUUUACUACCAUGAGGGGAGGCGUGUAGUUACAAGGAAGCAUCCGAUGCUGGCAAGGUUCAAGGCUUACGCACAACGUUUGCAAAAGUUUUAUGAGUCUCUCUCGACCAAGGAGGCUCUCAAAAAUGCAUCCAAGAUCCGGGCACACCUGGGAGUGGUGCUCAAUGAAGUCUUAAACCGAUGCCACAGAGAGCUUCCACCCAUGACCCCAGAGCUCCUGGAGCGGGCAGCUCUUCUUUUAGCAAUUGACACCGCAAGUGACUUUGCUCUAUCAGCAAAAGUGAAGAUUGCAAUCGAGAGCUUUGCCGAAGAUCAGUAUGAUAUUUCUGUUUCUACCGGGCAAAAGGCAGACCUUGAUGGCUUCAUCAAGCAGCUGAGAUCUGAACAGAUACAACUGGAAGUAUUAAGCAAACAAGAUAGCAUCAUCAUGUGCUCAGAAUUUAACGAUCUCCCAGCAGCAGUGAAGUGCGAGGAGUGUAUGGAUUUCUUUUCCCUCGAGGGCUUCCAGAAGUGCCACGCAUCCGGCACACGCCGAAAACACCACCCACUCAAGGUGGCACAGUGUGCGUGUUCGGUUUUUCCCUGGGAGCCCGCGACUUGCGAGGUAGAUGGCCAGUACUACAGUGAUCGUGGCUAUGAGAAGGCUGCCCAGCACCAGCCACAGCUGCAACUAAAACCUUGCCAACUGCUGGGCGGCAUCAAAUGUUCCGAAUACCCGGACAGGCCUGCAGAGGUCUUAUGUGAAGAUUGCUGUGAUUUCUUUUGUAUCGAAGCCUUCCUCGAGCGCCAUGGCCAUGGACAUCGGCAACAGCACACCCAGCUUCAACUCCACGGCUCUGCUGUCUAUCGCUUUGGCCAACCUCUUCCAGCGGAGGAGGCCAGCCGUUUACUGCGCCGUGCCAAGCUCGCCCGUGAGGGCGGCCCGUGGUUGGCAUUCCGUGAUGAUCACUUGACGACGUACUGGUACCAUUUGCGCGACAAAGUCGUGACAUUUGAGAACCCGUACUUGGGAAAUCCGCUGUGCCAGUGCGCAACAUUUGGCGCACAAAAAACAAACAUAUUAGAAAAAGCAAGCCUGAGGAUCAAUGGAAUGCAGAUCGGCAGCUUCCAGGAGAAAGGAGUGGGCAAAGCACAGAUGGAGGACCGAAUGAUUGUUCGGGCUGGAAUCCCGGUCGAUUCGGUAGGCGCAAGCUGCAAGAAACCCAUCGUCUCACUCUUUGGCGUUUUCGACGGCCAUUCAGGGGCCUCAUGCAGCGACUUCGUUGCCACGAAUUUGGACCGCAUUGUCUUUGAGUGCAUCAGACACCAGACGAAAAGAGAGGUCAGCAGCGACAUGGCAAUACGGUCAGCUUUGCAAGCUGCAUUCCGCACAACCGAGCACAAUUUUUUCCAGUAUGCCAACAGGUUGGAGGCAGGUCCAGCGGCUGCAUGGGCCAACGCAGGAAGCACAGCCAGCACCUGCACAUUUUAUGGUCCAGACGAGGACGGUCGUUUGCGAUUAGCCGUGGCCAAUGCGGGAGACAGCCGCGCAGUCCUGGGACGAAAGGACUGCAGAGCCGUUCGAUUGUCAGAAGAUCAUACGCCAGACGUUCCAGGAGAGCGGAAACGAAUUGAAGCUGAGGGCGCCGCAGUUGUCCAAGCGAGUGGAAUUUGGCGCAUUGUCCUGCCGAGCAAGAAGGGCACAGGCCUAGCUGGCCUUUCUGUUUCACGUGGCUUUGGCGACAUUGAGUACAAAACUGGCGCAAAUGCCACGACCUAUGUGCCGGACAUUUUCAUUUCCACUUUGGAUCUCCGAGAGGAUUGCUUUGUGGUGAUCGCCAGCGAUGGGGUGUGGGGUCCGGUCACUGAUGGUGAGGCAGUUCGCAUCGUCGCCAGCGUCCUCCGAGAGGGUGGCGAGGUCGGAGGUUUGACUAAGAGGAAGCGUUUGUUCAUGAACGUUCGACCUAGUUGCUUUACUUUACAAUCCAUUGCACAACAUAGAAAAGCAAUCAACAGCAUAAGAAAGGUCCCCAAAAAAGAAAACGUACUUUUGCAGAUAAUCGAGUUCACGUUCUCAAAGACAGUGGCUUCAGGAUCCAGCUGCAAACGCGGCGCGGCAGCUGUUGGAAGUGGCACAUCACCGUGA